GUUAAACAUCAACACAACUGCCCAAAGGGGCUAAGCGAAAAACCCCGCGAUUGUACCCCACAUUCAGCAUCGGGAUUGUGUUUUUCCGAGCAAUAGAAGCUGGAGAUUUCACGCAGUAGACUGAUUAAAUCUGGGAGACUAUUAAGUAGCUUCAAGCCAGAAUUGACAAUGAGUUCUAUUACCACCGAAGUCAUAUCGUCCAAUUUGAAGGUCAAUAUGUCAGAAAAGAAAUAUCUCUACCUGGCCGGAGUCAAUGUAACUCACUCCAUCGCUCUUCCAAUGCAUAACCACAUCGCCAGAUGCCUCUCUCUUCCCUGGACAUUCAUCAACCAAGAAUGUCCCACAAUCGACGACGUAAUAGCUCUCUUCCGAGCGCCUACUUUCGCUGGCGGCGUGGUUACCAUGCCAUAUAAGAAAACAAUUAUUCCAUACCUCGACGAGAUAGAUGCUCUUGUUGCCAAGAUAGGAGCAUGCAAUAAUGUGUAUCUGACUCUGGAGGGGAAGCUAAGAGGUACUAAUACAGAUUGGAGAGGCAUCAAGGGGUGUCUACUUUCUGGAACCAAGUCAGGAGAGAAUGAAGGGAUGGGAAAGCCAGCUUUAAUCAUUGGAGCUGGGGGUGCUUCGAGAGCCGCUGUCUAUGCUCUGUUUGCCAAGUUGGCGUGUGGGGAGAUUUAUGUGGUGAACAGAGACCCAGGAGAAGUCGCCGACCUUUUGAGGGAUGCUACAGCAUAUGGUACUUUUGAGACGGACAGACAGCCGAGGAUACGACACAUCACCUCAGUUGAUAUGGCAGAGGGAUUACCACCCCCAUUCUACAUUGUCGGAACAGUACCUGACUUUGAAGCCAAGACCGAUGAAGAAUUAAAGGCCAGAGCGAUUUUGGAAACCUUGUUAAAGAAGGACGAGAAAGGUGUUCUACUCGAUAUGUGCUUUAAGCCGAGAAACACUCGGAUACUGAAACUGGGAAAAGAAAAUGGAUGGAAUGUUGUCGAAGGAACCGGCGUGAUAGGAUAUCAGAUUGAAGAGCAGUGGAGGUUAUGGGCUGGUGCAGGUGAAGGUGGGAGGAAAGCUGUUCCGAAAGAGGAAGCUUGGCGUGUGUUGAGAAAAGCAGCGGAGGAGAGUACUGCUAUCAAUUUUUGACUGAAAUCAUUGGGACUGGGAUAAGUGGCAUUGAUAGCUGAAGAUGUAAAGAAGUGUAACAUUGGCACAUAGGUACUGACAAAGCCUGUAGCUUUAGGGGUUCUCGCUAAUAUUUAGCGACGGCCCACUGAAAAAUCAACAUAGAACCUGAAGGUAUGAGAUAUCAUGAGCAAAGGUUAUAAACCCAGCACUGGAAAACGUACUACACCAAGAAAGUACUG